AUAAGACGUAAAUUCACGAUUAUAACAAAUAUAGAUAAACACAUUUAAUUCAUAUUUUGACAUGGUAUGUUAAUAACUAAUGUAUUUGACGAAAUAAAUUACGAUAUACAGUGGUUUUGCUUUCGGUCUAAAAAUAGUCUGUGUAAAGGCUGGGUUAUUAAUGUGUCAUCUCAACACUGACCUACUUUCAUUAGAAACACUUUUUCAAUAAAACUCUAAACCGAAACCCCUUAGAGAGCCCUUACAAAGCAGCAGUCUGACAGCGAGAGGCGGCGAUCAAUAGGUGCGCGCACUGCGCUCGCGUCACCACGGAAGAUGGCGGACACGGAGUUCGAGGAGUUCAGAAAUUAUUUCGAAUCUCUUCCACAACACUUGAAGGCACCUGCUCACACUUACACGCUCGUACAUGAUGUGGGUCUGGAUGAAGACUCACCGACAUCAUCCAAGGCCAGCGAGCAGGAGGAGACAAAGGAGUUGGAUGGACCCAUCACCCUGAGCAGCAGCGAGGAGGACUUCCCACCAGCUGAAUUACACAGGACUCGUUACAUACCUGGAAAUGACCGAACUGUUGAGAGUCGAAUCGCGUGGCCUGAGAGACCGUCAGGUGAGCGUAGACGGAGAAAACUACCUGAGAUUCCCAAAAAUAAAAAAUCAUCAGUAUUAAGCUUAGCUGACGAGUUAGGAGAUGCACUGUCGCUACAGCUCGCUAUCAGUCGUAGUAACCCUCCUCGUUCAUUGCUCAUGCUCAAGUGCCACGGUUAUCUGAGAAACGAGGACAGUUCUCCUGACUCCGAUAGGUUCCAAAGCACUGACGUAGACUCGGGUAACUCCACUGCUCACAGUCCUGAUGGUCCCAAGUCCACCUCGCCACAACCUACAAUAGCCACCAACCACAGUUUUAGCUUCCCUGCAGAUUCUGACACUCCGGGAUCACCCACAAGUUCUGCUGGACUGCCUUUCACCCAACUGGAACUGCUGGAAGCUACCCACCGAGGUUUGCACAAGUUCAUACCCAGGCAUAGAGACGAGAUGGAGGUGGAAAUUGGAGAUCCCAUUUAUGUACAGAAGGAGGCGGAUGAUUUGUGGUGUGAAGGUGUCAAUCUGAGGACAGGCAGGCAAGGAAUAUUUCCAUCGGCAUACGCAGUGGACAUGGAGUAUAACGACUUCGAUCCUAACACCCCAAAAGUGAAGCGAGAACGGUUUUUGUUGGGAUACUUGGGAUCGGUGGAGACGAUAUGCCACAAAGGCAACUCAGUACUCUGCCAAGCAGUCAAGAAGAUCGUUGCGACCAAACAUAAAGCCCACUCGUGUAUACUGGAGGUGUCAGACCAAGGCCUGCGCAUGGUUGAUAAGAGCAAGCCUCCAGGUUCAAGUGCUCCUUGUCACGAUUACUUCUACUCCCUCAAAAAUGUGUCUUUCUGUGCGUUUCACCCGACUGACCAUAGGUACCUGGGAUUCAUUACCAAACACCCCCAACUACACAGGUUCGCCUGUCACGUGUUCCUUGGCUGUGAAUCUACUCGACCAGUUGCUGAGUCGGUUGGGAGGGCCUUUGAAAGGUUUUAUACCAAAUUCAUUGAGACUGCAUAUCCCAUAGAAGAUAUUUAUAUAGAAUAAUUUAUCUUAAUUUAAGUAACAGAGACCAGAAACCUACAAUAAAACAGCUUCUCUCUGCACAUUCCUCAUACUAAUGGUGGCUGGUGGCAAUCUAAGCUUUACAGCUAUCUGAACUAAUUUCUUCCUCUUCAAGAAGUUUCGCACCUUGCUUGGAUCAUAAAACUGAGAUAGUUCGGACAUAAUGAGAUUUAGUCUAUCAACACAUUUAAAACAUCCAAAUAAGGACCUGUGCAAAAUAUCAAACUCCUAAAUCAGACUUAUCGGAAAUGAAAGUAUAUAUAGAUGGAGGAUUGGAGUUUUAGGGUACUAUACAGAGUAUUCAUAAAUUAUUCUAUAGUCACAUAGAAAAAAAAUAAGAUACUUAACAUAGAGUAUGGUGUGCCGCCAAUCACCUGUGUUUUUUUUUUCAAAUAAAUUGUAUCUUUAAUCUUUUGACAGCCUAAAAUUUUAUAUUUUACUUGAAGUACUUAAAAAUACCAUCUAUUUCUCUACUAACUGUAUACACCUGACAAUUUUUAAUAGUUUUUUAAAGAUUUAGUAAAUUGACACUCUUUCUGCGUUUCUUAAGUUACAAAUAAAGUCUUUCAGUUUUGAUAUCCAUAAACUAGUAAACUAAACUCACUAAAAUAACCCUUAAAUGUAAUUCUGCAGAAAUUUAAAUGAUAAAUUGUUUCAGACAUAUUUACCAAUUUGAUAAAAAUUCGAUUUCAAUGAGUUUUACAUAAUUGGGGUUGUAAAAAUUAUGAGUGUAAAAAAAUACUUUAGAAAAUUUACUGUGUAUUUAUCAAAAGUAUAUAUAAUUUUUUUUAAGUAGAAGUAAUAUUUCAGAGUUAUAUAUUUACUAGGUGUUCAAAGGUCUCCUCUCCCUAUUACCUCUUGAACAGAAAUAUAUAAACAAAUAUCCAUGGGCAGAUUUUUUCUUCUAUAGUAAGGGCCUUUAAAAUGAAAUUUCACUUGAUGGGGGUUUACAUUUAAAUAUUUUAAUAACAACAUCAUUUCAUGUUUUAAACGGAACCUUGUUUAGUCAGAAGUACAUGAGUGCUUAGAACAAAAAAUGUUGAAAUGUUUAAUUUUAUGAAAAAAAAAAUUCCACAAUCAUUUUGAAAUUUUGUUGUUAUGUACAAAUUGAAUGAACAAUUUAUUGUUACAUUAAUGUACUGAAAAGUUCUAAAACUUUUGUGUUUUUCUAAUGUUUUUAAAACUUAAUGGAUUACUGAGACAUUAUAUGUUGGACUUGAUUUUAACAUUUUUAAAUGGCUACCGUAUCGAAAUUUAAUAAAGUAGAAAAAAUACUGCUAGAAUAGUAAGAAAUCUGUUGUUAAAAACAGGAGAUUUUAAAAGAUUUUGAAUAAUAAUGUUAAAAAUACAGAAUGCAGAUUACGGCCAUACUUAAUCUAAAUGGAAAACAUUUAACUGAAAUUUUCGACUUAUUUGCAUUAUGUAAUUGAUCCUUUAUUGUAAUUAAUUGUUUUCACUAUGUUUUAAAAAGAAUUUGUAUGAAUAUAAGAGUUAAGAACAUUAAAAGUCAGUUUUAUUCUUGAUUCUUAGUUUGCACCCCUUGUGCUUCAGGACAUGAGCCCAACACGAACGUGUCCGCUUAUAAAACGUCACUGUUAACAAUAUGGUAUAGUACCUUAUAAACUCCUAUUUUCUUUACUUAUGAGAUGAUGGGUUUUUGACGAAUCAAAAAACUUAUUUUACUAGUUAGUUUCAUUAUUUUUAUAUUUUAAAUUAAAUUUUCCUGAGCUUUGAGUGAUGCUCAAAACUGUAUAUGUUUAUAUUUUUAUUUGCAAAGACAAAGUUAAUUGUUGUUUUUUGAGACUGAAAAACAAUUAUUAUUAAAUAUUUGAGUAUAAAUGCGAGUGCCUCAUUUUUAAAUAGAGAACAGAUUUUGUACUUGACUAAAAGUUUUGGGUAAGACUUCUUGAAGAUGAUUUUAUUUAGUAUUUAAUUAUUGUAGGUUUAUACAAGACAUUAUUUUGUAAUGUAUAAUUAUCAUGCCAAAGAUUUGUUUAUAUUUGUAAACAAAAACUGUAGAUUAUAGAUUAUUUUGUUACUUGUUUAUAAACUUAUAUGCUGUCUUUGUUAACUGUACUCGACUAAUGAGAUCUUUAAACUUGUACAUACUACUAGGGCUUUGGUUAUACAUACUGUUGUACUUUCCUACUAAAUAAUGUUUGCGCGAAUGUAAAACAUGUAUAAAGAUAUAUAAAUAAAUAUACAGUAUUUAAAUAA